AUGGAUCUUAACAAGCUACCACCAGAUUUGGAUGAAGAUUUCUUGGAUGCAUUUGGUUUGGAUUAUGUGACCGGCAACCCUACCUUCUGUACUCAAGUGCCUGCAAUUCCUCAGCCUAAUGAUGAGCAUGUGAACCAGCAGAUUUUCCCUAGUUUUUCUGAAGUUGGUCAUGCUGGUUUAGUAGAGGUGGCUCCUGUAGUUUUAGGAGAGGCAAGGAUUGAGGACAGGAAUGAAGGUUCUACUGCUAAUUCUAUAGUUGCUGAUAAAGAAUUGAAUGGUGCUAGAAAUGAAGUAGCCGAAGAGGAGGAAGAGGUGUGGUCUACUCCUCAAAUGCCACACAAUGAGCUGUCUUUUGCAUCCUUGGACAAAGCAAAAGAGUACUACAGCUCUUAUGCAAAGAGAACUGGCUUCUCGAUUAGAAGAAACACACCAUGUCGGUCCGCAAUCACAAGAGAAAUGCAGAAGGUCCAGUUCGUGUGUAAUAAGGAAGGCUUUGGCAAGAAAAGGAGAGUUGCUGCUCAGCUUAUUGAUGCUAUGACUUGCUACUCUAACAAUGAUGAAGCCGAAGAGGAGGAUAGUGCACAAGAGGAAGAGGAUGAUCAAGGGGAGAAGAGGAAGAAGCUUGACGGAUGUAAGAAAAGGAAGAGGGAGAAAAUGCUAUAUACAAACUGCAAGGCGAGGAUGGUGGUCAAAAUGAUUGGCUCUAGGUGGCAAGUCAUCUAUUUUUUGGCCGAGCACAACCACGAUCUUGUGGUGAAGCCCUCGCUCAAGAAGUUCCUAAGAAUCUUCGUCCUCUUCAUCUUGGUCGAUGUCACCAUCUCCAUUUUCAUCACUUAG